UGUUUCCAAGGAGACCACCGACACCACUGUAAGCGCUGCGCUGGGCUUGCUGGUCAAAGAACGUCAAGAUGUCCUUUUUAUUCGACUGGAUCUACAGGGGGUUUAGCAGUGUUUUACAGUUCUUAGGUCUGUACAAAAAGUCUGGGAAGCUGGUUUUCCUGGGCCUGGACAAUGCGGGUAAAACGACGCUCCUACACAUGUUAAAAGAUGACCGACUUGGCCAACAUGUGCCGACACUGCAUCCAACUUCUGAAGAGCUCUCCAUUGGUGGGAUGACAUUUACUACAUUUGAUCUGGGGGGACAUGUACAAGCCAGAAGAGUGUGGAAGAACUACCUGCCGGCUGUGAAUGGAGUCGUCUUUCUUGUGGACUGUGCAGAUCACGACAGACUCUCGGAAUCUAAGACUGAGCUCGAUGCUCUCCUUGGAGACGAGACCAUAGUCAAUGUACCCGUGUUGGUGUUGGGUAAUAAAAUUGACCGACCCGAGGCCGUCAGUGAAGGAGGGCUGAGAGGAGCUUUUGCUCUUGAUGGUCAAGUUACCGGAAAGGGAAAUGUCUCUUUGAAGGAGCUGAACACCCGUCCGCUCGAGAUUUUCAUGUGCAGCGUGUUGAAAAGACAAGGCUAUGGGGAAGGUUUCAGAUGGUUAUCACAGUACAUCGACUGACAUGGGACUGGAGCUUAACCAGAAGGGAUUUUCUUGAGAGCAUGACAAAGACUCUGUCUCUUUGCCAGUGUCAGCCAGCCCAAAUUUGAAACUACAAGAGCGUAUUAAGAGCAUAUUCUUUUUAAUACUUUUAUUCAGGAUUUAAAGGUUUCUAUGCAAACUUUUAGAGUGGUUCAUGGUGAACUGUCUUACCUGUGUUAUUAAUGUGAGUUGUCUAACUCCACGGCAUGUUAAUUAGGUUACGUAAUACCUAAUUACUAUACACAGGCAGACAUGCAUUAUGCAAGAAUGUAGGUACGUAUAAAUCAGUGUUGCAUUAUUUAAUAUGGAAUAGACCAACUGUUCUAGUUGAAACUCAUUAGAAAGCAAGUGAAGAAAUUUAGGAACUCUGUGGUGAUUGUGUUGGGUAGUUCAAUGCACGUCUGGUGUCAUUUUAAAAUAUAUAACUAAAUACUGAAGAUUAAAAUGAGUUGGUUUAAUCUAAUGAUACGCAGCCACUGCCUUCAAAGCAUAUAGCCAAAGAUGUAUGCUAAUCACUUUAGGAUUAGCAAAGAGAGAGAUCGGACUUCAACAAAAGAUAUCUUCCAGGCUGAGCCCUGAGCCAAAUAACAUCAAAUCCCCUUUUAGAAAACUAACAAGGAGAAGAGAAGGCACGUUCCACAAAUAAAGGCAAAGAUGAUGAGUAAACUGAGUCCGACUAAACAGCUCACUGAUGAGUGUGCUGUAAAUAAUUUGCUUCCCACUUUGUGUCUCUCGAUGGAAUUGGCUUGUUUAUUUUUGCACAUUCUUUUUCUUAUGUAUGUUGACCCAAAGUGAUUUUACAGUUGCGUUGAAGGCAGCUAAUUUGCAGCGUGUUAGUUGAAAUACGUCUUCAUUAUCUUUUACUUUGGUGUGUUCAGUAAAGAACUCAAGGAUAAAAUGUUCAUAGCGAACUUUCACGACGUCCAAUGGCUGCCCUUGCUUUAUUAUAUCACGAAGACUGUAAUAACUAAUUGCCCUUAAAAUGUCGGGAAGCAAUAAAGUAGGAUGACUAACUGUACUGUAGCAGUGACAAUCUUACUCCUCUGUAUGUGAGAGUAAGACAGAAUAUAUGUAGUUCUGAGCCUGUUGAUUGAAUUAAUCAUUAAUCACAUUUAUUUUUUGUUAGUUAUUCUAAUGUAAUCUAUAACCUGAGCCAUCAAUGUGCAUGUAAUCAGCAUGUAGGCUGUGAAACAGGGUUGAAGUGCUGCAGGCAAUGCACUUUUUGACUAUUUGAAAAGAUAUGAGAGUGCACUUGCAAAUGUUAACAUGCUGACCUGUAAAUUAAUAUGCAAUGCUUAUUCUGGAUGUUUGAGUCUGUGCAUGUAAACAUGCAUACAUUUUUACAAUGACCUGUGGAAAUGCGUAUCCUCAUUAUGAGACGCUGGAAAUAGAUCAUAGUGAACCAAAACAUAUGAUCGUUUUCCUGCGUCCCAUGUUUACAGAGUAACCUUUGGAAAUUUCCGCCCAUUAAAAUAUGCAGGGAUGUUCGUGACUGAGAUAAAAGAAAACAUACAUAUGAAACAGAUUUUAUACAGGGGAUAUUGAGUGUUUACUGAGAAACGGAACACAUGUAAACAAACCCUUUGAACAUUGUUCAGUACCAGUCGCCGAACUCCUGUAAAUGAUGUAUAAUACAGAUGUAAAUGUUUGUACAGUUACUGCCUAUUAGCCGACACUAAUAAAGCACUAGAGUUAUUUAUAGCUGAUUAACUUGAAAUAAUAUUUUCAGCGAUUAUCUGUGCAAAUAGUUUCAACUUCAUUGACAACAUGCUUACAUGUGAUGAUGUUGUAAUA